CUCCCAAACAAAUAGUAAACAGCACUGUCCCAGGUCGGGUCGAACAAGCCGAAAGUCAUCCGUUUGUCUGGUGGGCAGAAUUGUAAAAUCUAGACUUUCAGCUUGUCUUAGGUCUCCAAGGCCAGCUUUAGGAGUAUCUUAGAGCUGCGGAGACUUUGUUGGCCUCCUUUAGGGGACAGACGUCCUUUUUUGGCGGGCCCGGUUUGGAAUCUUGGGUAGCGCCGUACGAGCGGUCAGCGGUGUCUGCCCCUCCACUCUGCGCUAUUUGAGGCAUCGCAGUCAAAUCGAUCUACAGACUGCAUUUUCGGUGACUGAGCAGCGCUGAACCCACCACCUGCUCCACCGAAGCUGUGCCACCGAAGCUGUGCUAAAUAUAGUCCUCACCUCACCCAAGUAAAUAUUGAGUUGGGGAGGGCUAUAUCUCACAAGCUUGCAUCAGUCAGUAUUAGUAUCACAGAUAUUCAUGUUAGCAUUGUCCAGUAUGGAUGUCAACAUCAUUGCCAUGUGGUUCGCUACUAGUCUAUCUCUUUAGAAACCCAUAAAUUUGUUCCUGUUGUGGAAAGUAGCAACCUUUCUGUCACCAUGGCUGUGCCGAUGCUGGCUUAAGGGAAAGGUGGUGUGGUGUGAGGGUAGGGUGCUUUGAGCCGUUUGGGUGGCCGGGCGGUGCGGAGACCAAUGAAAACCAUGGUCCUGCCGGCCUUGACGGCCCUGAAGACGAGCGGUGUGCAGUCCUGGCUGGGGCAGGAGCUGGAGAUGCGCGGGAUCGAUGCCAUGAUCUACACGCGCUACAUUCUCAGCAUCCUGCUCCAGGAGGAUGUGGACGAGAUGGCCGAGGUGGACGUCGACGGGGGCACCGGCUUCGGGCGCAAGAUGGGGUACGUGAAGGUCAAGGGCAAGAAGAAGGGGCGCGUGGACAAGGAAGAGCUGAAGAAAACAGCAGCUGUCCAGUGUCUGCAGUCUGUGUCUGAUCAGGAUGCUGGGAUAGAGAGCCUUGUGGAAGAGCUCUGCUGUCGUCUGAAGGAGCUACAAGCACAGAAGGAAGCCCAGCCUGACGGGGAGAAGGAGAACGUGAGCCCUGCCGUCGAGGAGGGAGAAGACAACUCCACUUCCCCUGAGGAUCAGGCUCAGAGGUACUACGAGGCGUUUCCUGCCCUGGGUGACACUGCGGAGCCUGUCACUGUUGCGGCUGCCCCCACCUGGUGUGCCAAGCCUGAGGGCUCUGGUGUAAGCAGUGGGAAAAACAGCAGCAAAGGCAGAAGCAAGUCAUCUUCUGCUUCCUCCAGCCCUCAACAAAGUGCCACACCCGACAACACCACACCCACCAACAAAGUUUCCCAUGGCAACAAGUAUGGAGCUGCAUCAGGCAGCAGGGUGAGCCGCAAGGGCUCCGGAGUCGGGAAGAGAGACAGCGCCCCGUCGGGGUUGAAGGGCGGAGGUCAAGGGGUGAAAGGGCGAGACAGGAAGACGGGCAAGUUGCCCGGACAUUCGUCCCGUCGGUCGAAGAAGAGCAAUUCCCCACCUUCAAGUAACCACCGGGGGACCCCACCCUUCGUUCUCCCGAAGAUUGGAGGGAAAAGGCGUGCGUUCAGCUCUUCAGCAUCAGACCACAUGAAGAGCCUUCCUCUGUGGUACACAGAGCCUGUGGGGGAGGAGAAGGUGGCUGUGGCCACCAGGAGAAGUGAGGGGGACCUAUCCCUUCAUAGACAAGGCCAGUGCCACGGCUGAGAUGAGCUACUGGUACGACAGCCCCAUGUUUGAGGAUUUCUUCGAGGGGA